AUGGGUGAGCGCCUACCUAGAGGACGGAACUUCGUCGUGACAAUAAACAAUCCUACCGAAACUCCCGAUGAGCUGGUACGACUAUUCCUGGCUAACAAUAUACAAUACGCCUUCCAAAGAGAAAGAGGAAGGGAAGAAGGAACAGAGCACUACCAAAUGUGCUUGCACUUCCAAGACGCAAAAACCUGCAGACAAGUCAUCACCCUCCUACCAGGAUGCCACGUCGAAUUCGCCAGAAAUCCAAUCGCCGCAAGAAGAUACCGCGUUAAAGCUGAUACCGGCAUUGAAGGCCCGUGGACUAAUAAUGAGGAGAAAACGGAAGGAGCCAAGAGGGAGAACACUAUGCACGAGAUCGUUGAGAAGUACGAAUCGGGUACACGAAUACACCAACUCGCGGAAGAAUACCCAAACCUAUUCGCGAGAAACUUCAAUAACAUCUGCCGCACUUUGGACCUGGUCUGCCAUUAUACUCCGAGAAGCACCAAGACAGAAAUUUUGUGGUUCUACGGAAAGACAGGAACCGGCAAAUCAAGCAAGGCCUUACAAAUGGUGGAAUCUAAGUCUGUCUAUUGGAAAAACUCGACCGAACCGGAACAUUACUACGGCUGGGCCGACGAACAAUACCGAGCCCUUAUUCGAAGAAUAAAACCGUAG